AUGGCGAUCAAAUAUGUCUCUCGAAUUCAUGCUAUGGGCAUUGUGGUCAGGAACCCUACCUGGCAGACAGACCGAUUUCAAGGCCUUUCCGAAGUCAGACCUAGAAGGGGAGACACUUCCCCUAGCCCCGACACGAUCUACUUCGUGAUUCCAACACCCGCGAUGAUUGAUGGGGAUAAUAUGAAGGCAGUUUCUGCUGCUGUCCGCUUCCGCACUGGCAGCAGUACCCGAGUCACGGAAUUCACGGUCACUCACAACUCGUUGGUGAUAAUUCAUAAGACUGGACUCAGCUUAAGCCACUCAUCUAUGGCGGUUCACGACGAGACUGUCCCCGGUGGCGUGCCGGUCCAACAUUCAGUUCUCCUCGAGGUGAAGGUUGACUUCACCGGAAGCGGACCAGACGAUUUCAUUGAACUCGCCUACGCCGAGGUCAGCUUUGACAAUAUCUAGGGGUGGCACAGAUGGAUGGAUCAUCCUGAGCAUGUCACCUCACUCGCUUCACAGGAGGAACGAUCGGG